CUUAAUAGCCCAGCGCUCAGCCGCAUGACACGGACGUCCAUUUGCAGACGGCCCCAAUAGCGCUCAAUCAGCGUCCUCAUGGUGCCACGCUCCGAUAAGCACGUUCGUCUGGAAUAUCUGCGGGUCGCGAACAAUAUAUAGUAUCAUCGUUGUUGCGAUACCCAGCUCGUAGAUACCAUGUUGGUGAACGGCUACGUCUCUCUCGCCGCAUCUCUGGCUUUAGUGGCAAACGCCUAUCAAGUGCCCGCGACCUAUCCCAAAAUCUCAGGGUGUGCAUUACAGACGCCGACCUACUCUUGUGAAAACACGACUGUCAUCAACAAUACAUGUUGCUCUCCUACUCCGGGCGGACUGGUUCUUGUCACGCAGUUCUGGAGCAGGUAUACGGGGCUAGAGAAACAAGGGCAGUUGCUGCCCAGGGGAAGCUGGACGAUUCACGGGUUGUGGCCGGAUAAUUGUGAUGGAUCGUACGAGCAGUACUGCGACCUCUCACGCCAAUAUGACCCGGAUCCUUCGCCAUCAACGCUACCUAAUGGAAUCAUCGUACCGGCUUACACAGGGCCUAGUGUGAAUACCUUCGUGGAGUCAUUUGGCAGGGAUGAUCUAUUGGAUUUUAUGAACACCUACUGGAUCAACCAGGGCGCACCAAACACCGACUUGUGGGCUCAUGAGUUCUCCAAGCACGCGACGUGCACGUCGACGUUCGACGUUUCCUGCUAUGGCGCUUCUUAUCAGCGCCACGAGGAAGUCGUUAAUUUUUUUGACGCCGUGAUCAGAUCGUUCCAUCAAUAUCCCACUUUUGAUAUCCUGGCUUCAGCAGGGAUUGUACCUUGCAACAGAACGGCAUACACGCUUGACCAGAUCCGGACAGCGAUUGAGACACAGACGGGUGCGAUUCCCUACUUGGGAUGCUCGAAUGGUACCAUUCUGUCGGAGGUGUGGUAUUACAACCAUGUCUACGGAACGGAGCAGUAUGGCACGUACAAAACGCUAGAUUCUACAUCGGAUUCAUCCUGUUCGAAGACGGAGCCGAUAUGGUACUAUGAACGUACUUUAUCCUCAGAACAUGAAGUGCGCAAGACUGGUAGUUGGUGGUAAAGCUGAGCAGCGGGACAGUCGGACUAACAUGUUAUACAUAAUAGGCUGCUUACAGAUUACCUGAGUCAGCAUUAAAAUAAUCUUUUUCCACUGCUUUCAUGUUGUUUCAUAUUCAAGUCAGCGACGCCGGAUCGCCUCCAAGUCUUCACAUUAAAUCACUCAUUACAUGGCGUCCCAAGACACUCCUGUUUCCAG